AUGGACAACUUUAUGGAGGUCGUUAAUCAGCCUGCGAUGAUUCGUGCGACGUUCGAGCCAUCUAGCAGCGGUGUUCUUGAGGAGAACAGUUUACCCACGGGCGGUGAGGUGAGGGCGAACGGGCCUAAGAAGGUCACGGUGGUGAUUAUGGAGAGAUGGGAGGUCAUGGGUAGGCUUUUAGGUGAUGACAACCUGCGGGCCAGACUUGUAGAGGAGGUGAAGAAGCGAUCGGGAAUUAUCAUGCGCAAGUUGGAGGCAGAACAACUCUCCGUUGCUCUGAGCUGGAUAGACGUGGCACGAGUUCGCUGGAGAGAAUUUCGGAUGAACUGUUUAUCCUGGACAGCCUUUUAG